AUGGAUUCGUCCUCACCACCACGGAAGGGGAAGGGUCGUUUUUUGAUGGCAUCAGAAGCAGCAGACUUACGCAGUAAUGAUGCACUGACAAAAUACUUAGAAGAAUCGUACACAAAACCACCACCACAGUUGGUCGAGCUUUUCCAAGAGGUUCCGCACUUAACAAAGCUGGCCGAACUUAUUCAUAAUCUUUUCCAAUCAUCGCAAGAAAAGCCAAUUUCUCGCGAGAACAGCGAACUCUGCGAAAAAGGCAUUUGUUAUUUGAUUCACGACUAUAUUACUAUGAAAGAGAAUGCCGCACAAGCUAAUCAAUCACUUGGCAAGGCUAAGAAACUUGUCGACUAUGCAGCAUUGUUGGCACAGAAUCCAACGGAUAUCACUCUUGCAAAACUUCAAAUUCUUGAACUUCAGCGCGAUAACCAAGACUACACCAACAAGAUUGAAGAAUUGUGCAAAGAAAUUCGCAUUCAUCAAGAUGAAAACGAGAAAAUGUUCAACGAGAAAAAUCAAUUAAUCAACGAACUCGCAAGACAAGCCAAUCAGCACAAAGACGAAAUCAGCAAGUUCAAAUACGAAUACAAUAAACUCGAAGAUGCUCGCCAACAAGCAUCAGAUCAAACUAAAAUUGAUGCUGAAGAAAUUUCUCGCCUCCGAAAACUCUUGAACGACUCUCGAGAUGAAACAUCAAAUGUCAAUCGCGAGGUCAAAGAGCUUCAAGAGCAACUUGAGGCUAAAACAAACCGAAUCAAUCAACUUCGUGCCGAAUUACAAAAGAAAGACAUCGAAUUUGAAGAGUUCAAGAUCAAGAAAGAGAAAGACCAAGAAACAUUAUCUACAGAAUUCUUUACACAAUCAAGAAUUUUCGAAGAUAAGUCAAACGCAGCCACACGCAAGCUCGCCCGCUACAUCAAGAACCAAGCCAAGCAACUUGACACUCUUAUUGAAACAAAUCGCAGAGCAACAAUUGUCAUUCAAAAACAAAAUGAUCUUCUCGACCGUUACGAAGAAGAACUUUCAAACGAAAAGGAAUCCAACAACAACGUAAACCAACAAUACCUCGAUGUUUGUGACGAACUCGAAGAGCUUCGCGAUGAAUUCAAUUCUACAUCAACAGCUCUUGGUCAAUCCGAUACAGAACUCAAUAAACUCCGCUCCAUUGUUGAACGCUCAUGCAAUAACCUUGCUCCUAUGUUCGCAUGCACACCAGAUACUCUUCCAGACGCUUGCCACGACCUUGGUUCAACGAGAAUUGACCCAGAAACAGCUUCAGUUCUUCGCGGCUUGAACUCAUCAUGCGAUGCUCUCAGUAGAUUCAUUGUUGACCUCCUCAGAACAGGAAAAGCCAACUUGGAAUUCCUCAAAGAGAAACCAAUCAAGUUUACAUCAGCAGAUAAACGUGACAUUCUUCAUGAAGUUGAACAAACAAGAUUAUUCCUUGAGAAGUGUGCAUAUGCGGAUGCCAGUGAAGAACCAGCUGCCAAGUAUUUAGUUGAUGCAUCAUCCAAAUUCACAUUUGAAGACAAAGAUAAUGUUGCUUUGUCAUCAGUUUUGGCACAAAUUCUUUGCAGAUUCCGCGAAUUCCUUCAGAACAUGGUUGACAAACUCGGAACAGUCAGAAAAGUUCUUCCUGCAUUCGAUUGCACAGAUUACGAAUUACCUGCUGCUGUUGCUGAUUAUAUCAACCAAUUGCAGCCUGUUUUCCAGCAAUUACUUAAUGUUAUUGCAACAACUCUUCAUUACCACGGUGACAUCAAAGAUGUUUUCGCUUGUUUGUGCAAGUUCAUCGAGGAAUCAUCAUUUGUCAUUGAGUAUCUCGAUGAAAACAUCAGACCACUUAUCAAUUUCAACGGAAAAAUGACAGAUUUACCUGCAAAACUCCAAGAAGUUCUCGAAGAAUACAAGGAUAUCACAGAAAAUGUUGAAAUGACAACAAAGAAGGCAUAUAAUGAUGCAUUGAUCAAAUUCGACAAAGAAAGAUGUGUUUUGGAUCGCAAGAUUGAUGAUUUGAAUGAUACAAUUGUUAAGAAGGAGAGAAUGAACAUUUCUCUUCAAAAACAACUCGAAAAACUUGCAGCUGAACUCCAAGAAGCAAACAAUACAAACGAAGACUUGAACAUCCAACAUGUUGAAGACACAAAGGCCAACCAAGUCUUGACAAUGAAGUUGCAGACAUCAGAUGAAACAGUUGAGAGAUUGAUCAAAGAAAGAGACAGAUUGGAACUUACAAUCAAAGAAAGAUCAGAAUCAUAUGAAAAGAGAUUAACUGAUGCACUCCAGAAAGAAAGAAAUCUUAUGGAGAGCUCUCAAGAAAGAGAGAAGAAGAGAUACGUUGAACAACAGAAACUUCUUGAAAACCAAAUCAAAGAAUUAUCAAGAAAAUACGAAGAAGCUAAAGCAAACGCGAACCAAACAGCUAAACUUUAUAACGAACAGUCUGUUGAGCAUCAGAAGAUCAUGAAGAAGAUGCAGGCUGAGAAACUAGACUUAACAUCAACUCUCGAACAACUUCAGAAUGAACCACUUUCAAACAAACUCGUUGAAGAAUUGCAGCAAAAGCUUGCAGAUGCAAGAGUUAAAAACAGAGAAUUGUUUGCAGAAAUCGAACGUAUGAAAACACAGAAGCCACAGCCUAAAUCUGUUUUGUUAUCUCCAAUGCCUAAAUCUCCACAACCAAUGAGAGAAAGAUCUUCAAUCAUUGGAGGAAACUCUUCAGUUGUUAGCCAAAACAGCGCUCGUGAAAAAGUUGCAUUUGUUUCACAACUCGGAAACCUUUUGAGUCCAUUCAUUGGCCAGGAAAUUACAUGGAGCAGACCAAGAGUCAUCAAGACAGUUCAAGCUCUUUUGCAGAGAGUUGAAUUACUUGAACAGACACUUGACAAGAAGAAACAAAAGUCAGAAUGGCCACAAUGGGCUGAAGAAACUCUCAAGGCCGCAUUACCUAAAUACAAAGGCGGAUUAACAGAUCCAGAGUUGCGUACAGAAAUUGCUGAUAUUUGCAUUGGAUGCGCUAACAGAACCAAGCUUAUUGAUAUGAUUCAGAUACUUAGAGAUGAAAAGAAGGCUUUGAUCGAGAAAUCGCAUGAUCAAGGAAAUGUUUCUGAUGAAAAGUCGAUGAAAUCAUUUGGUUUAGUCGGUCUUUUCAUUGCACUCACAAGAAAACAAGACCCCAAUGAAUCAAGAUCAGUGAUCACUCCUCCUUCUCCACCAGCUGUUAAGUCUCAAAUAUCAAUGCUCAAAUAA